CCCUCUAUAAAAACACAGCUACAAACAAGUGUAAAACAAACCACCAUUUUCGGUUCUCUAUACAUCUCUUGAGUUUUCUGUGGGUGCAGUAUCAAUGGCUAAUCAAAUAGAUGUGAUUACAAAUAUCAUGAAUGUGAUAGUGCCUCCGUUUAUGCUCAUUGUUCUCCUUCUUGUUUAUCCACUUUAUCUUAUUUACAAGUUCAUCAACUUCAUAACAAGGCUCCUAACCAGUGAAAAUGUUGCUGGAAAAGUAGUGCUCGUCACUGGUGCAGCUGCGGGGAUCGGAGAGCAAAUCUCUUAUGAAUAUGCAAGAAGAAGAGCUCGGUUGGUGUUGGUGGACGUAAGAGGGGAUCUUCUAGGAAGGGUUGUGGAAAAUGUUAGAAGCUUUGGAUCUUCGGAUGUUAUUGCCAUUACAGCUGAUGUUUCCAAGGAAGAAGAUUGCAAGAGAUUUGUUGAUGAAGCAAUCAAGCAUUUUCAUCGAUUGGAUCACUUGGUUAAUAAUGCUGGCCUUGCAAGAGUAAAAUUGUUUGAGGAGAUCCAAAACUUUUCUGAUUUCUCUUAUCUUCUGGACGUGAACUUGUGGGGAGUGGCAUUUGGCACAUAUUACGCCAUUCCACACCUAAGAAAAACUAAAGGGAAGAUCAUUGUCAUGGCUUCCUCCGUUGGAUGGUAUCCUUUCCCACGCUUCAGUUUUUACAAUGCAAGCAAGGCAGCAUUGAUCACCUUCUACGAGACGUUGAGAACCGAGAUUGGCAAUUCCAACAUUGGCAUAACAAUUGUGACCCCGGGAUUGGUCAAGUCGGCUUUGUCACAAAACGAACCUGCAAAGGCAGCACUUGGAUGGAUCCCAAUGGAAUCAGCAGAGAAAUGUGGGAAAGCAAUAGUGAGGAGUGCAUGUCGAGGAGAUAAGUACGUGGUGGAGCCAUCAUGGGUUAACUCACUUUAUGCAUUGAAAGUGAUGUGCCCUGACCUGGUUGAAUUUUGCAAUCGCUUCUUAUUUAUUACUGCAGAGAAAACUGCACCACCCACCACUGAUGCACCCCAUAAAAGCUUCAUACCAACUGAAUUAAAAUCUGAUUGAUUCACUGGUUGAUGUAGUCAGAAAAUAAAAUUUAAUCUCUCCGUAUAUUAAUAAUUUCGAUGAGUCGUGUUGGUAGAUUUUAUUUCGGGGCAAAAUGCAAAUAAAAGUUUUUUUUUAAUUUAUCGAAA